AACAAGUCGGAUCAAUUAGGGACAAGGAUUAGUGGCGCCCCAACCGAGGAGAGUGUUUCCUGGGUUUCACUCGUCGGCCGUUUUAGUUCGCUCGUCCUUUUGUUUUCUCCUCGGCCAUGCAGCCUUACAUGGUAAACAUCAAACUUUCGGCUCGGACCCUCACUGGAGCACUUAAUCCUCAGAAUAGAGGGGCGGCAGACUGGGGCUGGCAAGGACUGAUUGCAUAUGGAUGCCAUUCCCUCAUUCUGGUGAUUGACUCCAAAACAGCUCAGACUUUACAGGUUUUGGAAAAGCACAAGGCUACUGUAGUCAAGGUUAAAUGGGCUAAGGAAAACUACCAUCACAAUAUUGGAUCACCUUAUGCUUUACGUUUGGCUACUGCUGAUGCCAGUGGAAAGAUAAUUGUUUGGGAUGUAGCUACAGGAACUGCUCGCUGUGAAAUCCAAGAGCAUACAAAACCAAUUCAAGACAUGCAGUGGUUAUGGAAUCAGGAUGCAUCUCGAGAUUUGCUCCUUGCCGUUCAUCCUCCCAAUUAUAUUGUGUUAUGGAAUGCUGAUACUGGCACCAAAUUGUGGAAGAAAAGUUAUGCAGAAAACAUUCUUUCUUUUUCAUUUGAUCCUUUUGAUCCUUCAAAUUUAACAUUGCUUACAAGUGAAGGAAUAGUGUUUAUUUCAGACUUCUCUCCUUCUAAAGCUCCUAUCAGUUCAGGAAAAAAAGUCUACAUUUCCAGCCCUCAUUCUAGCCCUGUUCAUAAUAAGUUGGUAUCUGCCACAGGAGCUAAAAAGGCUCUGGACAAAGUAAAAAUUCUCAUCACUAAUGAAAAACCAAGUGCUGAAUCAGUAACAUUGAAUGACUGCCUUCAGCUAUCCUACCUACCUUCCAAGCGAAAUUACAUGUUAUUACUGUACCCAAGAGAAAUCUUGGUUCUGGAUCUUGAAGUCAAUCAGACAGUAGGUGUAAUAGCAAUUGAAAGAACAGGAGUGCCUUUUCUACAGGUAAUUCCUUGUUGUCAGCGUGAUGGAUUGUUCUGCCUGCAUGAAAAUGGCUGUAUAACUCUGAGAGUUCGCAGAUCUACCAGUAAUUCAAGUGUUGUCUCAAAUGAAGAGUCAGCAGAUCCUGAGCCCAUUCAGGAACUUAUUUAUGACUUACGAAGUCAGUGUGAUGCCAUUAGGGUUACUAAGACUGUUCGCCCGUUUAGUAUGGUGAGCUGUCCAGUUAAUGAAAAUUCUGUAGCUCUUAUAGUCAGUGAUGGAAGAGUAAUGAUAUGGGAGCUGAAAUCCACCAUUUCAGGCCAAGGUAUACGUACCAGCCAUUCCAGCAUAUCACCCUUGUAUUCACCUAUCUCAUUCUGUGGAAUUCCUGUUGGAACCUUGCAGAAUAAGCUUCCAGAUCUGUCACUGGAUAAUAUGAUAAGUGCAUUAUCUACCGAAGAGCAAGCAAAAAGUUAUUGUUUGCAAGAAGUACAUUUGAAGUUCAUUUUAACAGGAUUACUUUCAGGACUUCCUUUGCCUCCAUUUGCUAUUCGCAUGUGUCCACCUCUUACCACCAAAAAUAUUAAGCAAUAUCAUCCCCUGCUUGCUGUUGGAACAAGCAAUGGUUCGGUCUUGGUGUAUAAUCUUACUAGUGGAUACCUAUACAAAGAAUUAAGCAUUCAUUCCUGUGAAGUCAAGGGUAUUGAAUGGACAGGCUUGAAUGGCUUCCUUUCAUUUGCUACAUCUACACCUAAUAAUUUGGGAUUAGUGAGAAACGAAUUGCAAAUGGUUGAUCUUCCCACAGGUAGGAGUCUUGCCUUUCGUGGGGAGCGAGGCAAUGAUGAACCAGCAAUUGAAAUGAUAAAGGUGUCUCACUUGAAGCAGUAUUUGGCAGUUGUAUUCAAAGAUAAACCUUUGGAAUUAUGGGAUAUCAGGACAUGUACUCUUCUCAGAGAAAUGUCUAAAAACUUCCCUACAAUUACUGCUUUGGAAUGGUCCCCUUCUCAUAAUCUGAAGAGUUUAAGAAAGAAGCAGCUUGCAGCUCGUGAGGCAAUGGCGAGGCAAACAGUGGUAUCAGAUACAGAGCAGAGCAGUCUGGAGUCUUCAAUGAUCAGCUUGUUGCAGGAAGCAGAGAGUAAAUCUGAAUUAAGUCAGAACAUUUCUGCUCGGGAGCACUUUGUUUUUACAGAUACUGAUGGACAAGUUUAUCACUUGACAGUGGAAGGGAAUUCUGUCAAAGACAGUGCGAGAAUUCCUCCUGAUGGAAGUAUGGGCAGUAUUACAUGCAUUGCAUGGAAAGGUGAUACCUUAGUUCUGGGAGAUGUUGAUGGCAAUUUGAACUUCUGGGAUUUAAAAGCUAGGGUUUCCAGGGGUAUCCCCACCCACCGAGGCUGGGUGAGGAAGAUACGCUUUGCUCCUGGGAAAGGAAACCAAAAGCUGAUAGCAAUAUACAAUGAUGGGGCUGAAGUUUGGGAUACAAAGGAGAUCCAGAUGGUAAGCAGCUUAAGAAGUGGAAGAAAUGUCAAUUUCCGUGUAGUUGAUGUUGACUGGUGUACAUCAGAUAAAGUGAUCUUAGCUUCAGAUGAUGGUUGUAUCAGAGUGCUGGAAAUGACAAUGAAGCCUGCAUGCUUUAGAAUGGAUGAACAAGAAUUGUCAGAACCCGUAUGGUGUCCAUAUCUUCUUCCUCCAAGAGCAUCCUUAGCUUUAAAAGCUUUCUUACUUCACCAGCCUUGGGAUAAUAAGUAUUCUUUGGAUAUAUCAUACAUAAAUUAUCCAGAGAAUGAAAAUAUUAAAAAUAUGUUGCAAGAGCAGUUAUAUUCAUUGUCCAAUGAUGUCAAGAAACUUUUGCUUGAUCCAGAGUUCACUCUUUUGCAGCGAUGCUUAUUGGUUUCAAGGCUGUAUGGAGAUGAAUCUGAACUACACUUUUGGACUGUUGCCGCCCAUUAUUUGCAUACUUAUUCCUGUAACAAAUCAUUAAUCAUAAAGGCAGAAGAUGUACUUGUUUCUCAAGAAAACUGGAUCAGUCCGCUAGAUAUAUGUUACGAUAUUCUCUGUGAAAAUUCCUAUUUCCAGGUUCGCCUUAAUGCAGAAGAAUGUGCUGAUGUUUUGAAGCGUUGGGUGGAUCACCUUUGUUCCCCACAAAUCAAUCAAAAAUCCAAGGCAAUCCUUGUUCUGCUUUCUCUGGGUUGUUUCAUGAGAGUGGCUGAGAUGUUACAUAGCAUGAGGCAUUUUGAUCGAGCUGCACUGUUUCUUGAGGCCUGUCUUAAGUAUGGCACUAUUGAAGUUAAUGAAGAUGCAAAGAAAUUAAUCCAUGCAAUAUUUGCCGAUUAUGCCAGAAGUCUGAAGUCUCUAGGAUUUAAGCAGGCUGCUAUUUUGUUUGCCACAAAAGCAGGAGUACCGGGCAAAAAUCUGUUGAGUGAACUUGAACAACAGACGGAAGGGGUCAAAGAAUGAGAACUUUGUAGAAGACAGCUAGAAGUUGUGAUGUCUCGUGGGAUAAGUCAUUGGUGCAAUAAUACUUCAGCAACAAAGAAGGUGUUUUUUUAAAAAAAAAAACACCUAUCUUGUCACAAUAGAAAUAUAACUAAAGAAUAUCUUGUAUUUUGUUUUAACGUUGGUAGAGACACAUUUUGGUAUUAAGCAAUGCUAUAUUUGUCUUUGACUAACAACUGUGUUUGUAAAAGCUUUCAGCAACUGGAUAUUUAUCUUCAAGCAUGGUUUAAAAUUUGUGAACUAGGCUCAGUCCAACAUUUUUCUGCUCCUCGUGAUUUAAGAUUGCCUCCAGGUGUCCCCUGAAGUUGUACAAAUGAUACUGAAAAAAACCUUCAUGGCACAAGUUCCAUAUUUGUAUUCCAUCAUUCUUUGAAACCAUGGCAUCUUGUUUAUCUUUAUUGGUUUACCAAAGUGAGUAAAUACACUGCUGAUCCAAACUACUUAUGGCAGUCAACAUACAGCUAUACUGAUGUUUCAUUGUGAAAUGUGCAUAUGCAAAAAAUUUCUCUUGCCCCAAAGUUAAACAAGUUGCAUAAAACUCAGAAGGUUUCUCAAACGAUCCUGGAGACUAAUCACAGGUUUAAAAUAUACAUAAAGUUGUUCAAAGUUGUACACAAUACUGUAAGGCCAUUUUGUAAUCCCCAGACCUAACUGACCCUGCUGUUUUAUUCCCAACUGAGAUAAACCUUAGACAAACACUUGUACAUUUUGUCCAUACACUUCAACUUGUGUUUAAUAGUAAAAGAAAUAUUGUAAACUAGGGAAUUAGGGAAACGUCAUGUAUGAAAUUUCAAGGAAUCGGUUGUGCUUUUCAAUAAUGUAAAAAAUACCUAUCUAGUUCCUCAACCUGUUUCUCUCAAUGGACGGCCCAAAUCCUGAGGAACGUAGUACUCUCCAGUCCUGUUAUUUAGAAGCAUGCUGCUUCUGCUUCUGGAGUUAACUUGUCAGCAUCACAGAAAGUGAUUUCUGAUCAUUUAAUUUUCCAUGAACUUGUUUUAUCUCCUUUAAAACUAUCUAAAUAGUGCUAUAAUAAAAUAAAACCAGAUUCAGAUGGUUUUGACUUAGUUCCAUUUAGUUUUACUCUAAUAGCUGCUUAAUAAACCUUUCUUUUUUAGCUUUUUAAUACCAGACCUUUGUAUUAGUUCUUUCAUUUCAUUGUUUGUGUUUAAUUAGACACUUCAGAAUAAAUUCUAACUAUAAACUGUCCCUUUUUGGUUGUCAAAACCAUCUACUGUGUUGGAUUAUUAUCUUAUAAAAUAAAUUGAUAUGGUAUAAAUCUAGGUAUCAGAAUAUGCUCGGUCUUUAGAGCAGAGAGAGAUUACUAUACAGUAGCUGUAUUCAUCCUAAUAAGCCAUUCCAUAAGGGCAUCAUUUGAAUCUGUGUUGGUAAGAAUGAACCAAUAUAAAACGGCUUUAAUACAUUCUGCUUCCAAGCCCUAUGAAAUACACUUACUUAUAUGAUCCUGUAUUAAUAGAGAGUACAUUAAAACACGGCAGGCAUAUUUGAUCUUUAAACUUGUCUACAAUAUUUAGCAGAAUGUGCUUGUUGUUAGGCUAUUGUUGCAUUUCAUAUUUUUCAAAUUUCAAAUUUGCACUAGAAUAGAAGCUCUGCACCUUCACACCUGACAACAGGAAGCUUGUUUAACUAGAAAAAUCAGUCAAUUAGUAGUGCUGUAUUGAAGCAGUAUUGUCAAACCAAGUUUUUACUUGGAUCACAACAAUCUCAGUUACGCUGCUUAAUGGUACAUUUGGAGCAGUGAAGAAGGAGUGAAAAGGAAAGGAAAAAGCGCAGUAAUCCUUAUAAGUUUUCAAAGAGAAAUACUUUUACACCUGGAUCUGUAAAUACUUUCUGUAAACUAGGUAAUCAGUUCUGGGUGUGAUAUAAAUGCAUACGACUGAGAAUUCAUUUUAACAUUUGAAAUCUCAUCACUCUCUGUAUAUCAUACAAAGCAUUUCACAGAUUAGUAGUGUAUGUUUUUAUACUUGUCAUUUAACUCUGAUUUAAAGAACAUUGGCUUUUAAGGUUGAGAACACUUUAAUCCUGAUCUGUACACUAUUUGAAUCACAGGGGACUUUUUACUGUUUCAUGUUUCUUCAUUAACAAGAUAGAUUGGGUUAGUUAGUGAUAGUGUGUAGUGAGCAUGAUUGAAUUAAAAUAGCUAUUAAUCACAUGAAACUAAAGGUAACUGAAUUUAUAUAAAGCAUGGCUAAAAAUAACUAUUCAGAGGUUAUUUGUGGUACCUGGGUCCAUUUAUACAAUAUUUCCAAUGCAGUGAUUUAGGAAAAUUCAGCAUAAAAGCAUUCUUUUCAAUUUUACAAUUUUCAUUAUUUUCCUAGCAACAUCACAAAUAUUUAGUAAUCAGAGUGGGCAUUAUUUAAACAGUUGAUCCAUAUAAUGUGAAAUGUCUUUGUGCAUAUAAUUCUGCCAUUACAGCAUUUUAAUCAGAUAAUUAAAAUUUUAAAUUGUUGCACAUUUGUAUGUUGCCAAUCAUUGCUGCGAGAUGGGGAGCCAUAUAAAUUGUUCAGAUAAAUAAAUGCACUGCAUACAGACAUAAUCUUGUAACUACUGCCUACUAGAAACAGGAGUCAAUGCAACAGGGCAGGG